AGAGAUUAUUUCUUUGCUAAAAGAAUGCGUACAUUAAUAAUUAACAGAUUAUUGCAUUUACCUAAAAGCGAUUCAAUUUAAUUAACAUAUCUCAAACGAAAACUAAAAAAUACACAUGUUACAAAGCGAAGCUGUCAUUCUAGCAGUGUAAACAGAACGAGAUUGUAUUGUAUGAUUACUCAACCCGUAAAAUGUCCGUAACUGAAGAAAGAAUUCAAGAAUUAAACAGACGAUUUUUGGAAUUUAUGAGCAAAAGCGAAAAUGUGGAAUCAGCGACCAAAGAAAUUUACGAUGACCUUCUUGAUGAAGUUUUAAUGGGAUUUAUUUUUGAUGUACAUCGAACUACAAAAACUGGUAGUUCUGAUGUUGAAGAAGGAAUACCUGAUGACGAAUCAUAUGCCAUUGUAGAUUCUCCAGGACUAGAUGUCUUUGGUCAGCAUCCUGUCAAAAAAUCUCAAGAAUGCAAUUGCCCAAAUUGUGACAGAGGAGUUGCAGCUUGUCGCUUUGCGACUCAUUUAGAAAAAUGUAUGGGCAUGGGUCGAAACAGUUCACGAAUUGCAUCAAGGCGUAUAGCAAAUAAUUCAAAAGAUCUCAGCAACUUUAGUGGAGUUAUAAGCGAUGAUGAUGAUGAUGUUGACUGGAGCUUGAAUAAUGACAAGCGUAAACGUAGGAAAGACCGGAAUGGUAUAAAAAGAACAAAACAACAAAAGAAUAAUCAAAGAAAUGGAGAAAGUGUAAAUGAACAUGUUCAUAGCAGUAAUGAAAAUUCUCCAUCAAACUAUGAAAAUAUGUCUUUAGAAGAUAAAAGGAUUCUAUUAACUCAAAUCUGUGGUGUAAUAUCAGAGCAUACAAAAAAAUUAUGCACGAGAUCUAUGAGGUGUCCACAACAUACAGAAGAUCAAAGGAAAGAAAUGCGAGCAAAUUUGGAAACUGGAAACAAUGUACAACCUAGUCAAGAUAAUCUUCAUGUAGAUGUAGAUACUUAUGAGGAAGGAGACGGACAGAAUUUAAGAGAAGCAUUAGCGCGUUGGGAUCGUGAAGGAUCAAGUCAUUCUAGUCCAGCGGAUUCUACAUCUACCACAUCAACAUCUUCAAUAAGUAGAAAACGGGAAACAAAAUCAAAAGGCAAAGGCAAAGGUUCCAAACGCGAUCGCGGUUCACCCAUUUCACAAGGAGAUUAGAAUAAUUUGUUUAA